GAGAGAAAGAGAGAGAGCGUUAGCUAUAGGAUAGGUAUAAGGAUAUUAUAACGUAGCUUUAGUUUAGUUUAAUUUAUGACCUGGCCACUUAGGCUGAUGUUGUCCAGGCGCGCCUCGGCGAGGCCGCCUAGAACAACGUUUCCCUGCCUGGGAAAAACCCUGGGUGGUGUUUAACUUUAAGGGGAGGUAGAGAAAGAAGCGUCGAAGGACAGAUUUUGUUGAGCAGUCGAAGGGUAAAGACGGCGCGAAUAAACGUAGAGCGGAUCGUUGAGCGGACUCUAUUCAUUUUAGUUUAGUUAAUAGUUAAGUCAGUAUUUUAUAAAUAUAGUAACUUAUAAUAAAUCCUACAAUAUAGUAAGAGUUGUUACGUGCCGACAUUUUCAAUUUUUAUUUUUUUUUAUUUCGUCGACAGGAAUGUGUUCGUCACCUCAUCAAACCUAGCCUUUGACGGUAGUUUAUUAAAUUCAUUUUUGAACAAAGAUACACAUUCCUUCCUUGAAAUCAACGUCGUUACGCCACUUUCACCCUGCUGGCAGCGCCGCGCCUUGUAAAAACCUUGUAAAUACGUUUAAUAUGUUUAAUAUUUUUAAUAUGUUUAGUAUUGUAAAUAUGUUAAGUGCGUUGCUUGUUACGAAUGAAAGGCGUUAAAUCAUGUAAUGUAACAGCGGCGUAUAUGUAUAUAUGUAUAAUUGUUGGAAAGAUAAGCAAAUCGAAUAUUACCAUCGCGUUCAAAUAUCACGGUUACAGAUAUCAUUGGAAGAAGGACAUGUAAAUAUCGCGCAUUUAGGUUAAACCUUUAUUUCGCUAUUUCUUCUUCAUGUACGCUCUGAACACCGAACCCGUAACUCGAAACAGCAGCGUGGUUCGUCUACGCGCACGUUGUCGCUAGGACGAAUCGAGCGGCUUGGUGGGCGCGAGUGUUUGGUAAACACCAAAUUCUCGCGUCUACCGAGUCGCGAAAUUUCGAAGACUUUUUCUAUGAACUGGCGACGAUCACGUGGUUCUAAAAUCCUUUGUCUCCAAAGCUUCUAGAACGUUCCACCGAGUUUACGUGGUCGAGCAAGGCACGAGCCUUCAUCACUUCUCGUACAGUCGCAUAGAGCGCGAGAGUAGACCGAGCGAACCAUUUAAGAGUUAGAGUGCGUUAAGCAGUAGUAUUUUAAUACGAAGUAAGCGGUAGGCAAAACUCGUGUCGUUCGUUAAACAGUUUUAUACUAAAUUCAUUUAUUUAAUUUUCACUUCUUCUCGUACAGUCGCGGUGAGCGCAAGAGUUAAAUUGGAGUCCGAUCUGGUCUGACCAUGUUCGGGUGCAGGCCCUCGCUCCGCUUCUGAAUGCCGGCCCACUUACUACUCUUUCAAAUUUGCUCCGAUUUGACAAUGAAAGCGUGAUUCAAAAAAUCUGAUUUUUUGGCGAUCUGUUAAUAAAGCAUUCGCGCGUUUCACGACGUAUAAACAGCGGAUUAUAAAAUUGUACACGAAAUCAUCGGAAGUUAAAAUAAGCGAACUGCUGAAUAGUAAAUGCCCAUAUUCAGGAAAACCAUCGUUUUUGCUUCAGCAUUUACGUAGCUUAAACGAGGGUGCUCUCAACGAAAAGACACUCGGUGAUAGCGUCGAAAGGUUCGAUCGAUGAAUUAGCGCAAAUGGUGGACAGGAUUGAAGAAUCACUUGCCGGGAGUCGCGGGAACGUGUCUACGGUGCAAGCCUAUGUUAACGUAAAGGAUGUUAGACCGCGCGCGUCAUUAUCACCCGAUGAUAAUGAUACUUAUGUUCGGUACUGUCCUGCGAGUCCCGGGCGAAUUUUUCAUUCCUCCGGUAGACUCGAAAGAUCCAAGAAUCUUUAUUGAUGAAUUUCGCGAAACGAUGUAUAAGGUGAAACCUGUUCCCGUUGAGCAUCACCACAAAUUGCAAACCUUUGUAUUUAAAGAUUUACCAACGAGUACGCACGUAUUUUGGCGUGUAAAAGCGAUAAAGAAACCUUUGCAGCGUCCUUAUUCGGGUCCGUAUAGAAUUAUAGAACGUAAAUCGGAGUAUGAUUAUGUAAUCGAGGUAAACAGAAAACCGAAAACCGUGCACAUCGAAAACUUGAAACCGGCGUACCUAGUUCAAGAGACUGAUAGCAAUAUGUUUGAAUGUGAUACACAAAGCAACGAGCCCGUGUCCCAACCAGUUCCUGGUCCGUCUAGAUUAAGGACUUAUUCAAAUAGAAAGAAAGUCAAUUCUCCGAAGACUGUAACGAUUAGUGAGCGGAAAAAUGUCAUUAGCUACUUGCAUUACGCGCAGGCAAGUAAAACAGGCUGACCGUCAAACCUACGUGGUCUGUGAUUUUAUGCCAAAUAUAAUGUAAAUAGCGUUGAGUAAGAAAUAGCAUGUAAGUUUAUAUUUGUCCCUAGAUACAUAUAUUAUUUUUCUCUUGUAAAGUCUCUAGUGUUUCCUAGUUCCUAAGUUUCGUUGACGCUAGGGGGGAGUGAUAUGGGGAUUGUACCUUUUCCCCUAGCGUAACAGCGCGCAGGAAGCACGUCGGCGAGAGCCGGACAGAAAAACGGUAGGAGAAUAGGAGCGCGGUCGAGCGACUUUCGUACCGGGUAAAAGCGUCUGUAACCUCGUGACAAUAAAUAACGUGUUACAACGUAAAAAGGUGUACACAUUAAUUCCCCGAUCGCUGACCAGACGGUGGGAUCUGGUCAGAGCGUUACUGUCUAGAAGAUAUAUUAUCCUCGGCAGAAAUCCAGCGCGUAUGCGCUCCCUCCAUAUUAUAAUAUCAAGUGCUGAAGACGGGUUACGUAUAGGAGAACUUGAUUCUUGUCGAAAAACGAAGUGAGAAAAGUGUAACACAGAAAGGAAGAGCAGUGCCGGAUAGUGGUGUGUGUGGGAGUGUGCCAAUACCAUAGAAGGGCAAACAGACGCGUUCUCCGGGGGAGAUGGUGAUGGGGAAGCCCGAAGGGAGGGGCACAACUAAGAAAAAUAUGGCGGCUCUGGGGGGAAAAAAAACCCCAGACUCGUUAACACGAGAGUGGAGGAAAUAAUAGGGAAAUUUGAUAAUAGCACACUGAAGAAACGGAAGGUGGCAGAUAGAUCGCCAGAUGUUACAGAAAGUGAAGAAGAAUGGUCGAAAAUACAGAGGAGGGAAAGAAGAAUAGAACAAAGGAACAAGACAUACGAGGAAGCGUUGCAUAAGCACGAGGUCAGAGUUAAAAAACCGAAAAAUAACGUAGUAAAAGAUAAAGUGGAAAAGAAAGUAAGUUUAGAAAAAAGAAUUACAGAAAAGGAGGAGCUUGAAAAACAAAGAAAUAUAAAUAUUAACAGUACUAAGGGAGAAAAAGGAUAUAAAGAUAUACAAGGUAAAUUUUUACCAACAAGUAGCCCAGGUAAGAAUUAUAACCUAACAGAACUUUAUAGAAUAAAUCAGGACGAGAGGGAAGUAAAUAACAAAGAAGAAGACUACCUUAGAUUUUGUGAAUGUUUCAUAGAUUAUAAAGAAGCAUCUAAAGUUAAAAAAGUGAAUUAUAUAAGAAUCUUUAGAAAUUUAAGCAUAUUUAGUCCGCGGAUAGAAGCUAUCAGAAUGACCACGUACAGAGGGGCAGAAAUUAAGUUUAAGAACCCCUAUCACGGUAGGACCCUAGUUAAGGAAAUGCAAAGGAAAAAUAAGGACAAAAUGGAAAUCCGAAUCCCAUUUAGAGCGGAAGAAAGAUGGGGAGUCACAAGAGAAUGGGAGUUCUCGCCAGCAGAACUACUCAAAGAGGCGGAAGAAGGCCAGGGAAUAAUUUCAGCAGAGAGACUGAAAAGACCUAUCAAAACAGAAAAAAGGACAGAUUAUAAGGAAACAGGUAUGAUACCAAUAAAAUUCGCAGGAGAUUCAUUGCCAACAAGAGUGAGCAUGUACGAGGGAGCCAUUAACCUAAAUAUUACCCCAUAUGUAAAAGCCGUCAAACAAUGUUUCAACUGCUUGCAAUAUGGGCACUAUAAACAAAACUAUAGGAAGGAUACAAAAAUGUGUUUUAUCUGUGGUGAUAACUAUCACGGAAACUGUAACAAAAAACCGCAAUGUGUGAACUGCGGAGGAAAACAUGGAGCCCUCAGUAGGACAUGUAUACAUUGGGCGUUGGAAUCCGCCACAAACAAAAUCAUGGUAACAACAACCUCAAACAAAAACCUUUGUCUGCUAGAAGCGCGGCAACUCGCAAAAAUGGAAUUAAGAAUUUUCGAUAAAUCUAGAAGAAAUGACUCAGAAAUAGAAAGUUUGAGAGUCGAUGAUCUCAAUUUUCCAAGAUUACAAAGUAAGAAAAAGAAUUCCUAUAGAGAAUAUGAGAGGUGGGAAAAUCUACCGUGCCCAAUAAAUAAAGGAAAAUGGAACAGAAGCCAGGAACCAAGGCAGUUCAACAUAGAAACCAGAAACAAAUACGAAAAAUUUAAUACAGAAGAGAAAUAUCAUCGAAAUAGACACGAAUCAUUCAUACCUCUGGCGCAAGCCAAGGACGAUGAACAGGACAAAGAAUAUGAAAACCUCCGAGCAAAACCCCUGCAAAAAGGAAGAAGGGCCAUCACAGAGGAUGACAUCAAUCUAUUAAUGGACUGGAUCCAUCAGGAGAAAAUGGAAGGCUUAGUCAUCGAUAAAAUAAACAGAAACCGGAGAAUAAAUCAUCCUAAAAGGAUAGACUUCCACGAUGAAGGAUACAAUAAAGAUAGACGAAAUAAUUACCCCCAAAGAAGGUACGGUACGAAAGGGAGAUUCGAAGACCCCCUGCCUAAGGAGAUAUUCAAAUCUACAUUAACAGAUGAGUUUAAUGAAGAUUUUAGCUUUAUAAAAUCAGCCAGGAACACAAAUCAAGGAGACAGAUAUAGAAAGACAUAUUCCAGAAAAAUAAACAACCAAACGACAAGCGAAGAACCACAGCCAAGCACCUCCAAAGAAUCCUUCCUGAUCCAUUUUGAAGAUUCGACAAAGGGUAAAGACGCCCAAAAAAAUAAAGAGACGGAAAUAGCUAAGGAAAACAGAGGACACAUGUCAGAAGAAAAAUGGGAGGGCCCUCAAGCUCCUCAAAAUACCAAAGAAGUAGCAGAACAACCCCAGAAAAAUAAUGAAGGAGAACAAAAAGAGAAGGAGAAUACCUACGAAGAAUUAGUGACGGAACUGCAAGACAUGGCAACGGACCAGGUAGUGGAAAUUACAACGAAGAACGAGGAAGACCAGGAAGAAUAAGUUACGAAAAGCGCAGAGACCAAAGACAUUUAUUUUAAAGAAGAUAAGCAGAUUGAGACAAGGAAAACAUGCACAAUCAUGUAAAAGUAGACUUUUGCAACGCUAGAAGUUUAAGUAAUAAGUAUCAUGAAUUAAAAGAGAUUAUUGAUGAAUUUGAUAUUUUCUGCAUUAAUGAAACAUGGAUGUACAAAUG